CUUUUGAGUAAAUUACGUGUUCCGUUCACUCUAACUUACAAUCAUGUCUGGUCGCGGUAAAGGUGGUAAAGUAAAGGGAAAGUCAAAGACCCGUUCAAGUCGUGCUGGACUUCAGUUCCCAGUGGGUCGUAUCCAUCGUAUGUUGCGCAAAGGCAACUACGCAGAACGUGUCGGAGCUGGUGCUCCAGUGUACUUAGCAGCUGUUAUGGAAUACCUCGCUGCUGAAGUACUUGAGUUGGCAGGUAACGCUGCUCGUGAUAACAAGAAGACUCGUAUCAUCCCACGUCAUCUUCAGCUGGCCAUCCGUAACGAUGAAGAGUUGAACAAACUUCUUUCUGGAGUUACUAUCGCCCAAGGUGGAGUUCUGCCCAACAUUCAAGCUGUCUUAUUGCCCAAGAAGACCGAAAAAAGCAGUUCCUAAAUUACUAUCCACUUUCCUCAUAAACAAAACGGCCCUUUUCAGGGCCACCAAAUUUUUCAAAACGUUAAAAACUAUCUUGUUCACAAUGAGGCGUCCAGUUUCAAAGACACAAUCUAACGGGGUAAAUUUGAAUUACCGCGUUCAAAUAAAUUCAAAAUAAAAUCUAUUGCUUACACUGUCGAUAUAGUUGCAAUACCACCCAGGGUUAUACGGGUAGGUUGCGACUAGUCGACCGGGGAGUGAAAAUUGGAGGCUCGUUUGUCAGUCAAUGAAUAAAAAUAGAUACUUAAUUAUUUGAAUAAUGAUCUCUUUUAAAUAAAAUAUUUAAUUAAUUAAAUUAUUUAUAAAGUGUAACAAUUAUGGUGGGAAAAUAGUCGAUGGCAGGACACCAUUUAGUUUAAAUUAAUUCAGUGUGAGUGUGUGAUAGUUCAGGGGACUCAGAGUAAAUGUGUGUGUGAAAUAAGGAAAUAAAUAAUUGCGGGAAAAUUAUUAUUUCGAUUUUAAUUAAGGUAAAAACUAGAAGAGUGUGUGUGUGAUAUGCCAAAGGUAAUUGGCUAUAUUUUGAAAUAUUGCGGGUUUAUAAAUAAAAUAUAUGGUCUAAAUAAAAAGGUUAUAAUAAAAG